AUGUCAUCCCCCUCCUCGACCCAAAACACCGGCAACGACACAAACCCGCGACGUCCCACCCGCAGCCUCAAAGGCCGCGUCGCCAUCGUCACUGGCGCAGGCUCACGCUCCACAGGCAUAGGCAACGGACGCGCCUCCGCCAUCCUUCUCGCCGAAUCUGGGUGCGCCGUCGUCUGCGCCGACCUCAACCUCUCCUGGGCCUCCCAAACCGUCUCCAUGAUCACCUCCGAAUUCGGUGUCACUCUCGACGAGGAGGGAUUUAAGUCAAAACCCAGAGCCAUCGCUGUCCAAGCGGACGUCUCGUCCGAGGAGGACUGCCAACGCGUCGUGCGGACGGCGGUGGAGACGUACGGCCGGUUGGACAUCCUCGUGAACAACGUCGGUGUGGCGGGGCCCGUUGGGACCGCCGUCGAGGUGUCCAAACGCGACUGGGAGAGGGGUAUGGAGGUUAACGUCACCGGUAUGGUGUUGAUGGCCAAGUACGCUGUCCCUGCGAUGGAGCGGAAUGCCAGGGACGAUGUGAGUGGGAGGGGGACGAUCGUUAAUAUGAGUAGUGUGGCGGGCUUGGUGGGCGGGAACCCGAUGCUACUCUACCCGACGAGUAAAGGCGCGAUUGUGAAUUUGACGAGGGCGAUGGCGGCGCAUCAUGCGGGGAGUGGGAUUAGGGUUAAUUGUGUGUGUCCUGGGAUGUUGUACACGCCGAUGCUCUAUAGCGGGGGUAUGAGCGAAGAAACGCGUGAGGCGCGGAGGAAGAGGAGUAUACUCCAGACGGAGGGGAAUGGGUGGGACGCCGGACUCGCGGUGAGAUUCCUCGCCAGCGACGAGGCGAGGUGGAUAACGGGUGUCAUACUCCCUGUUGAUGCGGGGUAUACGGCUGCGCCCCAUGGAGGUGCUGAGGAAAAUAAGGUCUUGACGAAGACGCUGAUGGUUUCGUCCAAGUUGUAG